ACAGAGUCAUUGGCUCAUCCAGCCUUCUGUGAGGUCGGAAGGACAAGGCCGAGCGGGAGGCACAGAGAAAGAGGGUCAACAGCGGCUCUUAGAAGAGAGAGACUUACCUUAAAUCAGCAUCGAUUUACAGAAUAAAUUCGCAUAAAAGCUUCGAGAAACGAGAAAACACCGGGGCAAGAUGAUGACCCAAAUAGAGACAACGGUGCACUAUGAUAACGGGUACGAGGAUGAAUACAUGCUACAGGAAGAAGAAUGGGACAGGGACAUGCUGCUGGACCCCGCCUGGGAGCAACAACAGAGGAAAACCUUUACAGCAUGGUGCAAUUCUCACUUGAGGAAGGCUGGGACGCAGAUUGAAAACAUCGAGGAAGACUUCAGAAAUGGAUUAAAGCUCAUGCUGCUCCUGGAAGUCAUCUCAGGAGAGAGGUUACCUAAACCCGACAGAGGGAAGAUGCGGUUUCAUAAGAUCGCUAAUGUCAACAAAGCGCUGGAGUUCAUCACAAGUAAAGGGGUCAAACUGGUCUCCAUCGGAGCAGAAGAGAUUGUGGAUGGGAACGUCAAGAUGACUCUUGGAAUGAUCUGGACCAUCAUCCUCCGCUUUGCCAUUCAGGACAUAUCUGUGGAAGAAACAUCUGCCAAGGAAGGACUUCUCCUGUGGUGUCAAAGAAAGACAGCUCCCUACAGGAAUGUUAAUGUCCAAAACUUUCAUGUCAGCUGGAAGGACGGCCUGGCCUUCUGCGCCCUGAUACACAGACACAGACCCGACCUCCUCGACUUCUCUAAGCUCAACAAGGAUGAUCCUCUGGGGAACCUGAACCUGGCUUUCGACAUAGCCGAAAAACACCUGGACAUUCCUAAAAUGCUGGACGCAGAAGAUAUCAUCAACACCCCCAAGCCAGAUGAGAGAGCCAUCAUGACCUACGUGUCCUGCUUUUACCACGCUUUUGCUGGAGCCGAGCAGGCGGAGACGGCGGCCAACAGGAUCUGCAAGGUGCUUGGUGUUAACCAAGAGAACGAGAAACUGAUGGAGGAGUAUGAGAGACUGGCGAGUGAGCUGCUGGAGUGGAUCCGUCGCACCACUCCCUGGCUGGAGAACCGGACCCCAGAAAAAACCAUGGCAGAGAUGCAACGGAAGCUGGAGGACUUCCGGGACUACAGACGCCAACAUAAACCCCCGAAAGUUCAGGAGAAAUGCCAGCUGGAGAUUAACUUUAACACCCUACAGACCAAGCUACGCAUCAGCAACCGUCCUGCUUUUAUGCCCUCUGAAGGGAAGAUGGUUUCUGAUAUAACCAGUGCCUGGCAGGGCCUGGAGCAGGCGGAGAAAGGCUUCGAGGAGUGGCUUCUGACUGAAAUCCGCAGACUUGAGAGGCUGGAUCACCUGGCUGAGAAAUUUCGUCAAAAAGCCACCAAUCACGAGAACUGGGCCAGUGGUAAAGAGCUGAUCCUCAUCCAGAAGGACUAUGAGACGGCCACCUUGACAGAAGUUCGAGCGUUGCUUCGAAAACAUGAGGCCUUCGAGAGCGAUCUGGCAGCCCACCAGGACAGAGUGGAGCAGAUUGCUGCCAUCGCACAGGAACUGAAUGAGCUGGAUUACCAUGACAUUGCCUCUGUAAACCUCCGUUGCCAAAGCAUCUGUGACUUGUGGGAUAAACUGGGAACCCUGACUCAGAAGAGGAGAGAAGCACUUGAGCGCGCAGAGAAGUUGCUGGAAACUAUUGACCAGUUGUUCCUGGAGUUUGCAAAGAGGUCAGCUCCCUUCAACAACUGGAUGGAAGGAGCCAUGGAGGAUCUGCAGGACAUGUUCAUAGUUCACACCAUUGAGGAGGUCCAGAGUCUAAUUGCUGCUCAUGAGCAGUUCAAAGCCACUAUGCCUGAGGCAGACGCAGAGAGACAAGCCAUUUUAGGAAUUCACAAUGAGGUGCAAAAAAUUUCCCAAAGCUACGGGAUUAAGGCCAACAUUAUCAACCCUUACAGCACCAUAACAACGGAGGAGCUUCUUAAUAAGUGGGAGAAGGUAAAGAAGUUGGUUCCUCAGAGAGAUGGUUCCCUCCAGGAAGAGAUGGCACGUCAGCAUGCCCACGAAAGGCUGAGACGUCAAUUUGCUGCCCAGGCCAACCUGAUUGGACCCUGGAUUCAGGCCAGGAUGGAGGAAAUUGGCCAUUGCUCUCUGGAGAUUGGAGGCACCCUGGAGGACCAGAUGACUCAGCUGAAGCAAAUGGAGCACGUGAUCAUUGCAUACAAGCCCAACAUUGACAAGUUGGAAGGAGACCACCAGCUAAUCCAAGAGUCGCUCGUUUUUGACAACAAACACACCAAUUACACCAUGGAGCACAUCCGUGUGGGAUGGGAGCUGCUCCUCACCACCAUCGCCCGAACCAUUAAUGAGAUUGAGACGCAGAUCCUGACCCGGGAUGCCAAGGGCAUCAGCCAGCAGCAGAUGAAUGAGUUCAGAUCUUCUUUCAAUCACUUUGACAGGAAGAAGAACGGAGCGAUGGAAACGGAUGACUUCCGAGCUUGCCUCAUCUCAAUGGGUUAUGACUUGGGAGAGGUGGAGUUUGCACGCAUCAUGAUGCUGGUGGAUUCAAAUGCAACCGGGAUCGUCUCUUUCCAGUCUUUUAUCGACUUCAUGACCAGAGAGACAGCUGAUACGGACACUGCCGACCAGGUUGUGGCAUCCUUCCGGAUCUUGGCAGCUGAUAAGCCUUACAUCCUUGUGGAUGAACUCAGGCGGGAGCUUCCUCCUGAACAGGCGGAGUAUUGCAUCAUGAGGAUGCCUCCUUACAAAGGGCCUGGAGCUCCACCGGGAGCGCUGGACUACACUGCCUUCUCUACCGCCCUCUACGGAGAGAGUGACCUUUAAAACUUGUGAAGACGACCUUUCGUUGGGCCAUUUUCAAUCAUUCUCACUCUUCCCACUCCGUAUCUUUUAAUUAAAAUAACUGAAAUGCAUUCUGCAUAGUGACUCCACACACGUUGAAUGAGUACAAUGCUUUCUUCGAAGCUUCAAAGCACCAAAAAA